GCGUGUGGCAUCUCAAACGAGCCUAGCUGGCGUAUGUUUACAAUGGGACGCAAAAACAUUUCUGUGAACAGUGCCUUAGGAAGUUGCUGAAAGUAACAAAGAGUACAUUUACAGAAACAAGACCGAAUCGAUGGGUACUUUCGGAUGUUAUAUAAAUUACUCGUUGCGUUGCUAUUAUGCCAUCUGGCGAGGAAAUCGUGACAAACUAUAAAUACCUUUAUUGCGCGCUGUACAAAAAUGGGGAAACUCACCCAUGUACGCGCGUUUGACGUCACAGACACAUGAUUCAGUGUGGCCAAUGGAUGGACGCCUUCUCUCUGUACACGGAAAUUAUUGCGGAUUUCCUUGGCGGUUUUCUCAUUUAAUAAGACCUGGAAUACUUCGAUAGACAAAAAAUAGUCCAUGGCAGACCAAAAUGGUCAGCUUGAUGUGGGCCCUCCCAGGGAACCUGUGGCAGGUGUAGGCUUCCCUGCUCCUCCCCCACCCAUCUACGCCUGCACUCUGACUUCAGAAUUGGUGGCCAAGGCCCGGGAAGAGCUCCAGGAGAAGCCAGAAUGGAGGCUUCGGGAUGUCCAGGCAUUACGAGAUAUGAUACUCAAAGACCACCCUAAUCUGAGGACGCGGUUAGACGAUGCAUUUCUCCUGCGCUUCCUUAGGGCCAGAAAGUUCGAUUAUGACCGGGCCCUUCAACUACUCCUGAAUUAUCAUGCCAGCCGGAAAGCCUGGCCUGAGGUGUUCCAGGACCUGAAGCCCUCCACAGUGAAGCACGUGCUUGAACUGGGAUUUCUCACUGUCCUGCCCAGACCAGACCCACAUGGACGCUACAUUCUGUGUUUACGGCCAGGUAAAUGGAAGCCUAAUGAUUAUCCAUUUGUGGACAACAUUCGGGCUAUUUAUUUGACAUUAGAGAAGCUGAUUCAGCCUGAGGAAACCCAAGUAAAUGGAAUUGUGAUCCUGGUUGAUUAUGCAGGUGUUGGCCUCUCUCAAGCUUCUAAUCCAGGGCCUCUUCUGGCAAAAAAAGUUGUUGGUAUCCUUCAGGAUGGAUUCCCAAUCAGAAUAAAAGCAGUAAACAUAAUAAAUGAGCCACGCAUCUUCAAGGGUAUUUUUGCAAUAAUUAAGCCCUUUCUGAAAGAGAAAAUGGCAGAGAGGUACGUCCUGCAUGGCUCAGAUCUGGGCUCUCUCCACCGAGUCAUCCCUCAAUCUGUGUUGCCUGAAGAGUAUGGAGGAAUGGCGGGAAGACUUGAUAUGUCUGCCUGGUCCAGAACAUUGCUGGAGGCUGAGGAGGAGUUUGUGGUGGAGUUCUGUCAGCCUGAUCCUCUGGAGGGCGUAAUUCUUCCAGACUCAAUGCUCUUUGAGGGACAGCAGGCUGGGGCACAUGGAGAGGACUCCUUCAGACAUCUACGUUCUCAGCUUUACUAUUGUUACUGACCUCCAGUAAACUUGCCACUGUUUUUUUUAAAACAUUUGUUUAGCUGACCAAUUAUUGGAGAGGUUUAUAUAUAUAUAUAUAUAUUAGUUAGUCAGUUCUCACUAUCCAAUGUCAAAACGUUGAGGUCAAUGCAUUAGUGUGCCAAAAAAGAAAAAAAUUGUCAAAGACAGCCAUUUAGAUGCUGGAUGGUAUACUUAUUUUGUGUAAUAUGAUCACUUAAUUUGCAAAAACCUGACCGUUGUAAUCACCUUUUUGAGAAGUAAUCCUUGGUUUAAACAUAUAAUCAGUCCAAAUGUAUUAUUUUCAGUAUUUUAUUUGUCUUAAAUGUGUUUCAACACUAAAUCAUUCCAGUUUCAUGUUACACCUCAAAUAAUGUUUGCCUUAAUUUGCGGUGAAAGGAAAAUUAGAAAUAAAUUAGAUUAGUUAACAUUUUGUGUCAAGGACCAUGAAAUAAAUAGAUAAUUUAGAUGGCACAGUGUAGAUGUCCUUUAAAAUCCAAAGCAAUACUGUAACAAUGUGCAUUUUUUUAAUUCAAGUGUAUGCUGCCUCAGUAUUUUAUAACUCUGUAUUUAUGGACUAUUAAUGUUUCUUUUUGAUUUGUAGAUAACACUGCUCUAAAUUGGUUCUUUUUCAUUUAUGGCUUUUUCUGUUCACAAACCAAAAAUACUGAGCAUUUCUGAAUUGGCAUAAUUAUCCAAAAAAUUGUUUUGCUUGCACAGUAUCUUUGUUGUUCUAAGUUACACUUUAGACCUCUAGCUUGACUUUAUCUCUCGACUACAGUAUAUACCCUUAGUGGCCAAAAUUAAGUUCAUAAUGCGUGUUUGCAUAUUGUUGUUUGCCAAAAUACUUUAGAGGUAUACUGUAACUUUUUAUUAUGUACAGAACUUGUAUAGAUAACUGUCAGGUUAAAGUUAUUCCAAAUAUUAUGGAUGUAAUUUAAGUCUUGUCUCACUAAGCACAUAUUUAUGCCUUAUUUUUACAUUUCAAGCCUUACAUUUACUUUCAGUGUUGCAGCUGUAUAAUUUAAAUACUUUAGUAUUUUUUUUAUUGUGGUACAGCAGUUGUUAACAACCAUUAAACAUUAUGAUU